AUGCUAAACGUCGACUCCGAAAUCGCUGCUAUCGAACAGAUCUUUGGGUACACUUUUACCAACAAGUUUAUCUGCGCAGAAGCUCUACAAAUGGUCGCUCCCCUGUUCAGUGUCUGCGUCGAUGGGACAACCUCUGUUGUCCCAAAGAAUGUGAAUCUUGCCAUUCUAGGCGAUUCCAUUCUCAUGACUGUGCUUUGCCAGAUGUGGGAUGAACAUCGCGAUGAUCAAGGCCGUUCCCUUACUCCUGAAGAUUGGACCACGAUCCGAAACGAAAUGCUGGGAAAUCACCAUCUCGCCUCUCUUGGAUUUGAACUCGGAGUGGAUGCUUGCAUCCUCAAAAACGCGUCCUCAGCGUCCGCUAAAAUGGUAGCCACUACCGUCGAGGCCGUCAUUGGUGCUGUUUGUCGCGACGUCGGCGACGAUGCUCUCAGCGUUGUCCGUGCCAUUGUUGAGCAUAUCGGCCUCAACGCCCAUCCUCUCCUCAUGGUAAAGUUUCGCGACCCCCUAUCUUUUGACUUUUCAAACAUACAGAUGAUAACUAAUGUGCCAACCCCUAGCUCCCCGACAUGGGGGACUCCGGGAAGGUCGACAAGGCGACCUCCAGAGUGGCUGACAGGAAGUACCCCGGGGCUCUUUUGA